CCACUGCAUAGCUACGAGGAGCUAGUGUCCAGAGAGCAGCUAGCGCUGCAGCACGGAGAAGCUGGAGCGGCUUGCGGUCUGGGAACAACUGGGUGUGAAUCGCAGUUCGGACGCGUCCAGUUUGUAUAAUGAAGAAAAUAAAAGGAUUUACAUCCUGACGUCCACGUCGUGGUCAAUGAGGGUCUGUCGUGGCAUCGCUGAAUGACAUGGAUGCAAGUGACAACAAGGAUGUAAAACUAUCGGCAGAAGUGGAACCGUUCAUCCCACAGAGGAAAGGUGUGGAAGGGCACUUGGUCAGAAUGAGUCUCCCUGGAGAGUCUGGGGGCAACAACAACAUCAGCAGCAGCAGCAACAACAAUAACGGCGGUGGUGGCGGAGGCGGAGGAGGAGGAGGAGGAGUCGAGACAACCCCCAUCCCCAGCUACCUCAUCACCUGCUACCCCUUCGUCCAGGAGAACCAGCCCAACAGGCAGCACACGGCGAUGUACAACGGAGGAGAGCUGCGCUGGCAGCAGCCCAACCCCAACCCCGGUGGGCCGUACCUGGCCUACCCCAUCAUGCCCUCCCCUCAGCCGCCGGUCUCCAACGACUACGCCUACUACCAGAUCAUGCCCGCGCCGUGUCCGCCCGUCAUGGGCUUCUAUCAGUCCUUCCCCGGACCCUACCCCGGGUCCGUGCAGGCCGGGGUGGUGAACCCCGUCUCCGCGGCUGACGUCGGCGAGAGACCACAUUUCGGACAAGCCUUUGGACUGACCAAUCAGAGAGGACGGGCUCUGAUCCGGCCCCCUCUGCUGCCCAAGCAGCAGCAGCAGCAGCAGCAGCAGCAGCAGCAGCAGCAGCAGCUGGGGGCGUGCCACCCUCUCCGGGGCCGACGCCCCCCGACCAGGAGUGUAGCGGUGCAGAAGGAGGUGUGCGGCGCCCCGGGGCCCAACGCUAGAGCCAGGACGGUCCUGCUGGUGGACGCAGCGCAGCAGACCGGUAUGCCGUACCACAGCAACUUCCCCGGGGAGGUGGCCAUGCGAGCGGGCGCGGAGCACGGCAGCCCCCUGCUGUGGAAGAGCCGGCCCAAGAGGAGGCAGGGGUCCAACGGGGGGGCGGAGGGCUACAGCGAGCAGGGGGGCGGCGGGGGAGAGGUGGACGUCGACAGCGACAGCGGCUACUGCAGUCCCAAGCACAACCAGACGGCCGCCCAGCACGCCGCCAUGGGCACGCCCGCGUCCACGGGAGUAGAAGCAGGUGUGAUGACAGCAGGGAGCUGGGUGAAUGUAGCCCCCCAGGCAGCACAGAAGCCCUGGGGGGAGAGGAAUGGCCCCUACCACAGAGGAGACCAGAGGAAGCCCCCUGACCAGAGAGGCUUCCCACAGGAUUUCCAUGUCGGAGGCUACGCUGGCCGCCUGCAGCACAACCUGAACGCCAACCCCGCAGACAAGAGGCUGUUGCCCGGAGGGGCCCCCGGGUCCCAGGCCGCUCCCGAACCCCUGUACUUUGAGGAUGAGGAUGAGUUUCCGGAGCUGGCCCCAAGCGGGUUGGCCCAGCGCCACGCCAAGGCGGAUUCCAACACGGGGCCGACGCAGACACAAGCCAAGAUCCACAAGAACCUGCUGGACAACCUGCCGGAGAACUCCCCCAUGAACAUCGUGCAGACGCCCAUCCCCAUCACCACCUCGGUGCCCAAGCGGGCCAAGAGCCAGAGGAAGAAGGCGCUGGCGGCCGCCCUGGCCACGGCCCAGGAGUACUCCGAGAUCAGCAUGGAGCAGCGCAAACUACAGGAGGCGCUGACCAAGGCGGCGGGCAAGAAGAGCAAGACCCCGGUGCAGCUGGACCUGGGAGACAUGCUGGCUGCGCUGGAGAAACACCAGCAGGCCAUGAAGGCCCGGCAGCUCACCAACACCAAGCCACUGUCCUUCACAGUGGGGACGACGGCCCCCUUCCACAGCUCGGGCCCCAGCGGUGUGCCGUCCGCGUCCAAGGGCCACCACCACCACCACCAGCAGCAGGCCGGGCCCGCCUCCCACAACGCCCUGGACUCCACCGCCCCCCGCGUCCGCAGGGGCAAGGAGCGAGAGAUGCCCAAGGUCAAGCGUCCCACGGCGCUCAAGAAGAUCAUCCUGAAGGAGCGCGAGGGGAAGAAGGGGAAGCCCAGCGUGGAGCCAGGGACCUCGGGCCCCGAGGAGCAGAACCCGGACGAGGAGCUCCACUUCACAGACGACCUCACGCAGGAGCCCGCCUCCCAAGAGGAGAACGGACUGAGCAUGCCCAGUGACGCCUCCCUGUCUCCGGCGAGUCAGAACUCUCCGUACAGCAUCACGCCCGUGUCCCAGGGCUCCCCCGCCAGCUCUGGCAUCGGCAGCCCUAUGGCGGCCAACGCCAUCACCAAGAUCCACAGCCGGCGCUUCAGAGAGUACUGCAACCAGGUGCUGAAUAAGGAGAUAGACGAGAGCGUGACCAUGCUGCUGCAGGAGCUGGUGCGCUUCCAGGAGCGCGUGUACCAGAAGGACCCCACCAAGGCCAAGUCAAAGCGGCGGCUGGUCAUGGGCCUGCGGGAGGUCACCAAGCACAUGAAGCUCAGCAAGAUCAAGUGCGUCAUCAUCUCCCCCAACUGUGAGAAGAUCCAGGCCAAAGGUGGGCUGGAUGAAGCUCUGUACAACGUGAUCGCCAUGGCCAGGGAGCAGGAGAUCCCCUUCGUGUUCGCCCUGGGCCGGAAGGCUCUGGGGCGCUGCGUCAACAAGCUGGUGCCCGUCAGCGUGGUGGGCAUCUUCAACUUCUCGGGGGCCGAGGCCUUGUUCAACCAGCUGGUGUCCCUCACCGAGGAGGCCCGCAAGGCCUACAAGGACAUGGUGUCGGCCCUGGAGCAGGAGCAGGCUGAGGAGGCCCUGAAGAACGUCAAGAAGGUCCCCCACCACAUGGGCCACUCCCGCAACCCCUCCGCCGCCUCCGCCAUCUCCUUCUGCUCCGUCAUCUCCGAGCCCAUCUCUGAGGUCAACGAGAAGGAGUACGAGACCAACUGGAGGAGCAUGGUGGAGACGUCCGACACCCAGGAGCCUGCCGAGGCUGAGCCUAGCCGCCUGGCCCCCGCCCCCACCUCCAACGCCGCCGCCGCCGCCGCCGCCUCCCAGAAGGACCACCACAGCCCAGCCGCCGCCACCGCCAGCAGCAGCAGCACCACCACCAGCAGCACCACCACCAGCAGCCAGGUGGUGACCCAGGCGUCGCCCGCGCCGCAGCCCAGGGGGAGUGCGUCGGCGGCGGGCGGCGGCGGCGAGCGGGAGGAGGGCCGCGUGGACGACCGGCUGGAGCUGGCCUCUCAGCAGAGCACGGAGACGGGCUCCCUGGACGGCAGCUGCCGGGAGCAGCUGCACUCGUCCAUCACCUCCACCACCUCCACCCUGGUGCCGGGCAUGCUGGAGGAGGAGGACGAGGAGGAGGAGGAGGAGGAGGACUACACGCCGGAGCCCAUCUCGGUGGAGGUGCCGCCGCUGAGCAGCCGCAUCGAGUCCUGGGUCUCCAAGACCCUGGAGAACCUGCAGCUGGGAAAGGACCAGGACAGCACGGAUGAGGAGGACGAGGAGGACGAGGAGACGGCGGGACAGAGCGAGGAGGAGAUCGAGUCGGCCGACCUCCCGGAUGAGCGGGCUGAAGGCGAGGAGCAGGCGGAGACCAAGAAGAAGGCGGGUUGAUCCCGCGACGACUCCUCCUUGUUCUUCUCUCGAUUCAGACUUUCCUUUUUAUCGGUUGAUUUUUAUUUGUCUGUUUUUUUUCGUUCAUCCGUUUCAUCCUCUUUCCGUCGUGUCCAGGGCGACUUCACCCCCGUCUCCAGACACCCAGACAUUAUCUCAGGUAUGUCCAGCGAACCCACCGUGUGUGUCCGCUCCACACGGACACACACACCCCCUCCACCACCGCACGCAGCAGGCUGAGGUUCUACAGAGAGACAGAGGGGCAGCCCAACCCAAACCUAAGGCAGUCACAAAUACACAACCCAACACCUUCGUCCUUCUCCUUUUGUUUUGAUUCCCUUUCGUUUUCUGAUCUGCGAAUACCUGACUUUUCCCUAUUUUCGUUUUCUUCCGUUUCUUUUUUCCAACACGUGCGUCUCUUAAGAGGAACUGGCCCACUGCCUGUUUACACUUGAAUCAGAGGACUACCGAGAGGUGAGAGAGAGAGCGAGAGAGAGAGACGGUGGGCUCCACUGACGGGGACCCGGGCUCUGUCCCGGAUCCCUUCCUCUCUUCCACCCCUCAUGCGUCUCUCCCCUUCAGAGCACAGAGUUCACUAAGUUUACGGUCUCUGUUUGCGUAUACGUGUGCAUAUAUAGCUGCGUGAGUGUGGGUCCAGUUUGUUUGUAGCUGGGCGCUAGCUGCUACUACGAGACCUAGCGUCCCGCCGUGUGGAUUAGCUUUAUGUUCUGACAAUAUGCAGUUCCAUCAUUUUUAUUUCUUUGACUUAUUUGCAGCUUCUUCACCCCCCUCCUCACCCCCCCCCCCCUUUCUCACCAAUUCAAGAAGGAAAGGAUAUCUAUGUGUGCACUAUUGCUGUGAUGCUUUUUAAUUCAGCAGGAUAUUAGCACUCGGGUUUUACUCAAGUGAAACUCACUCCCAUCUAGAAGUUGUGUCCUUUUUUUUUAUCGUUUUAUUUUCAUUAAUAUGUUACAUAAACAAACAAGUCAAUUUGACCCACUAAUGGUUCAAGAUGCUUGUAUCUGUAUAUAAAAUGACCUGUAACGUCUGCUCUAUUUGGCCGUGCCUGGUGUGAAAUGAUUCUUUGUUUUAGUGUGGAGUGGUGUUGCAAUCCGUCUGCAGUCUUGUCGUGUUUCCAUCUUGGGUUAACUCUGCUCUGUCCCUAAUAAGACCUGCAGAGGACACACACACACACACACACACACACACACACACACACACACACACACACACACACACACACACACACACACACACACACACACACACACACACACACACACACACACACACACACACACACUAUUAAACCACUCCUGUCACAUCGUUGACGUAGACAGAUGUAUUAUAUUUUGUUCUGCCAUAUCCACCACCAAACGACCCCUCUCGCUGCUCACACCCUAGGGACAAGAUAUGCUCUCAUUGGGAUUGGGCAAAAUUUAGGCGCGCUGUGAUGAGGCCAUCAUACAUAGGGACUACUUCAGCACUGGUAGUGACCGGAAACGUGUAAAUAUACGCGUAUUUUAUUUUUGUUUUGAAGUGUUCUAGAACAUGACCACCUUGUUUGUUAAGCCAUAUAGGAACAACUGUGGUGUGUCCGUUGGAAGCUAAUUCAAUAAAGUAUUUGAUGGUGAGGCGUUCAGUGAACUGUAUGCCAUGCAGUGACUGCUAUGGAGACCGCGUGUAGGGCCAUAUGCAAUAUGAAGCCCUGCAGAUGGAACAAGGCAAUGUACUUAGUAUUAUGCUUUUUGGAUGAUGAAACGUCUUCAGUAGUUUAAUAAUUGGGUACGCUGUGUCUGGGCUACAAGAUGCCGUUUCUUCCAUAAAAGUGUGUUGGUAGUGUGUAUGUGUGUGGCGAUCGACAGCAAGUGUGUCCUUUGCACUAUGUAUAUACAGUACCGGAAAGGUCUGGUAACUAAUGUGAAAAAAUGGUUCCAUGAAGUACCUUUUUCAGUGUGUUCUUCGUCUUUAUAUGGAUAUUUAAAGUUUCAUGUGUCACACUAGCAAUGUCGUCUAUAGGACAUGGCUUCAUACCCUGGUGUUUAUACUACCAUCUAUUUUACGACUAAUAUCAUUAAACUAUUGUUUAAGUAACCCUUUUACCCUGGUUCAUCUUUGUUCUAUCUAUCAAACAAGAAAAAUGUCCCGAGCACCUACCACUCGACACUGUAAUCCUACAGUUUGGCCACCAGGGGGAGAAAGUGCUGCUUUAGAUCCGUCUUGACUGGACCAUUUGUUAGUGGUCCGUUUUGUUUGUUUAAAUAUUAUCCCAAACAUACACGCAUUUAUGGAAUAGUGAUGUACUGUGUAAACAAACAAAAAGGAAAAAAACAUUGUGACUUAAGAAUUUAUUUUUACACCAUGUAAAAUGUUUACUUUGUAAUUAAAUUUGUACUCACUGUGUGUAACUACAUGGAUUCUAGUUUGACCAUAUGCUUGCUGUGAAGCUAAUGGAUAUGAUGACUGUUUUCCGUAACUCCUCCCUGUGCAGAUGACAAGAAAAUAAAAGUAUAAAAACAUA